AUGCUGAUGGAAUCAGCCACUGGACCAGGAUUGGGCGAACCCGCUAUGUUGAAACGCUAUCACAGCUGUGAUUCGGUCGAUCAUGCAAUUGGAACGGUCAGUUUCCAAAACGACGUGACUGUCAGGCAUGACCUGAUUAUUGGUGCCGAUGGCGUUGGGUCAUCCGUCCGCCGAGCACUUGGGAUAUAUCCUCAACGAAAACGGGCUACAUCUACUUGCUAUCAUUGCGUUGUCCAGACAGCCGAUGUCUGUAGGCUUGGGCUUGCAGACAUGUCCCAGAAUAAUGCCCUGGAGUACUGGGGCGGGCAGGGGCUGGAAAAGAUCGUCUUCGCUCCUUGCCGUGAAGGCGAAAUCCUCUCAUUUUAUAUAUUCUUCCCUACUCCUACGAAUGAAAAGGAGGAGCAGAUAGAGGAGGGUUGGGAUUUUGCUGGCGACCGCAGACAGCUGCUCGCACCGUUUCCCACACUCGAUCCUGCCUUGCAUGCGCUAUUUAGCUACGCUGAUCCAGUCGAUAUUCGACCGUGGCGGCUCUUCGCUCAUGAGCCCUACCCGUAUUGGACCAGAGGUCGUACCUGCAUUCUUGGAGAUGCCGCACAUCCUAUGCUCCCAGAUCAGAGUCAGGGUGCAUGUCAGGCAAUUGAGGAUGCCGCAGCUCUUGGCAUUAUCUUCGGACAGUCGUAUCUGUAUACGAAUGACAUACAUUCCGGCUUGCGGCUCUACGAGAAAGUUCGUAAACCCCGGGCUAGCAAGGUGCAAGCAGCAAGCGCCCGAGCAAGAGAGAAUAUUUCGGAGAGAAUUGGCUUCUCCAGUCAAAAAGGUAGCAGAUGGUACGCAGUGGUUGACGAGGAUCAGAAACUGACUAUUGAGGAGAUUAACGAUUAUGAUAUGCGUCAACACAUCCGAUCCCAGGCCGCACUAGAAUAUAGUGGUUUAUGCCAAGAACGGCGUCUUGCUUCCACUUCCUAG